AAAAGCGCUUGAAUCCCAAGCUUAAAAUAGCUGUUCAUGGCUCCAACGAUUUCACCAAGGAAACCGUUGUUUCUCUCUCUAGAUUUCCCACGUUCCACUGGUCGAUGCUUUGGACCGAUCUCUAGGUUUUCGAAGAACGAAGAUCACAAAGAACUUUAUGCUUUUCAGGAGAUCCAAGAACCAGACGACACGAAUUUUCGUUCAGAAUUUCAGUUCAGAGCAUAAGGUGCCACUAACAAGUAAAGGUUUUUGGAUUUUUGAUUUCAAAAAAUAGUGUGGGAAGAAGAAUAUGUCGAUGUUAAGGCGGAGGAAAGCUUCUGAAAACGAGAAAAUUUCGAAUUUGGAGGUUGCUGAAGGGACUGAGAGAAGGGAUGAUGAAGAGGAGAAGAAGGAAAAGGAUGGUAAGGUGAUGAAGAAGAAAGUGAAUGAGAAGAAGAAAUGGUCAUGCGUUGAUAGUUGUUGCUGGUUCAUUGGUUGCAUCUGCUCGAUUUGGUGGUUUCUACUCUUUCUAUACAAUGCGAUGCCGGCUUCCUUUCCUCAAUAUGUGACCGAAGCAAUUUCGGGACCAUUGCCUGAUCCGCCUGGCGUGAAAUUGCAGAAAGAAGGCUUGGAAGCGAAGCAUCCUGUGGUGUUUGUGCCUGGGAUUGUCACUGGUGGGCUCGAGCUUUGGGAGGGGCACCAAUGUGCGGAUGGACUGUUCAGAAAGCGGCUCUGGGGCGGUGCUUUUGGAGAAAUCUACAAGAGACCUCUAUGUUGGGUGGAGCAUAUGUCAUUGGACAAUGAAACUGGACUGGAUCCUUCUGGAAUAAGAGUUAGGCCAGUCACUGGACUUGUUGCAGCAGAUUACUUUGCACCUGGCUAUUUUGUGUGGGCAGUUCUGAUCGCCAAUUUGGCUCGGCUUGGGUAUGAGGAGAAAACAAUGUACAUGGCUGCAUAUGAUUGGAGACUUUCAUUCCAGAACACUGAAGUGCGGGACCAAACCCUGAGCAGGAUAAAAAGCAAUAUAGAACUCAUGGUAACUACAAAUGGUGGGAAAAAGGUGGUUGUUGUUCCACAUUCAAUGGGAGUUCUGUACUUUUUGCAUUUCAUGAAGUGGGUUGAAUCACCAGCUCCAAUGGGUGGUGGUGGUGGUUCAGACUGGUGCGCUAAGCAUAUAAAGGCAGUGAUGAACAUUGGUGGGCCAUUUUUAGGUGUUCCAAAAGCAGUCUCGGGACUCUUCUCUUCCGAAGCCAAGGAUAUUGCUGUUGCCAGGGCAAUGGCACCUGGUGUUUUGGAUAAGGAUGUAUUUGGUCUCCAAACUUUGAAACAUGUAAUGCGGAUGUCCCGCUCUUGGGAUUCGACAAUGUCAAUGAUACCAAGAGGUGGAGACACAAUUUGGGGUGGUCUUGAUUGGUCACCGGAAGAAGGUUAUGUAUGUAGUUCAAGAAAGCAACGAAACAAUGACACAACAGUUGCAGCGAAUAAUGAGACCGAUAAUGUGAUCUCUCAAACAAAAAGUGCAAAUUAUGGGAGGUUAAUAUCAUUCGGGAAAGAUGUGGUAGAAAUGGGUUCAUCUGAGAUUGAGAGGACUGAUUUUCAGGAAAUCAGUAGAUUAAAGGGUGCUAACCUAACAAACAUGACUUGUCGCGAUGUAUGGACGGAGUAUAAUGAAAUGGGCUUGGAAGGUAUCAAAGCUGUGGCGGACUACAAAGUUUACACGGCUGGAUCAAUUUUGGAUCUGCUUCAUUUUGUCGCUCCAAAGAUGAUGAAGCGGGGAGGUGCUCAUUUUUCAUAUGGGAUUGCUGAGGAUUUGGAUGACCCUAAAUAUGAACACUACAAAUAUUGGUCAAACCCCUUAGAAACAAAAUUACCAAAAGCUCCUGACAUGGAAAUCUAUUCUAUGUAUGGAGUUGGUGUUCCCACUGAAAGAGCAUAUGUUUACAAGUCAACAACAACUGCUGCUGAAUGCUACAUUCCAUUUCAGAUUGAUACCUCAGCUGAUGGUGAAAAUGAGGGUAGCUGUCUCAAAGGUGGUGUUUUUUCAGUUGAUGGAGAUGAAACUGUUCCUGUUCUUAGUGCUGGCUUCAUGUGUGCAAAAGGUUGGCGUGGUAAAACCCGUUUCAAUCCAUCAGGAAUUCGAACUUACAUCAGAGAGUAUGAUCAUGCUCCUCCAGCUAAUCUUCUGGAGGGCAGGGGCACCCAGAGUGGAGCUCAUGUUGAUAUAAUGGGAAAUUUUGCAUUGAUUGAAGAUAUCAUGAGAGUAGCUGCAGGGGCUACAGGAGAAGACUUGGGGGGUGAUCAAGCUUACUCUGGUAUAUUCAAGUGGUCUGAGAAAAUCAAUUUGCAGCUAUAGUUUUUGCAGGUUCUGUAGGGAUUUCAAACCUGGGGUGUGGGCUUUGUGGGCCUUGCGACAGACGCACAACCAUUGCAUUUUUUCUCUUGGCUUGAAGUGGGACAAGAUGAGCAGGCUUACCAAAGCAAAGAAAAUCAAAUGACCAUCUUAUGACCACAGUGGGCAUAUAAUUUACUUUACAAUUGGCAUCGUUAGGCGGAGAGACGACAGGUCUGUGAAGUCAGGAUCCCACCAAAGAAAGCCGUAUCAUUUCUGUGAUUUCUUCAGGCUGAGAAUAGCAUGGUAGUUAUGCUUCUGGUUAUUUAGAUUAUUCAGUAGCUUAAAUAUUUCAAAUGUAAGUUGCUAAAGGUCAUUGUUCUAUAUGUAUUCUUUCAAUGAUGUUUCUGUUUGAAUAGGAGGACUACAACUUCCUUGUAAAGUACAGAAUACAAUUUAGCAUCCUUUCACAGGAUUUUUUUAA